AAGAAAUCCAAAAAAAAAAAAUCUUCUUUUUACGAAAAACUCACACUAUACACUAUCAUCUCUAUCUCUUACUCCGGCGCUUCCAUCUGACCACAAGAUUAUUAGGGUUCCGGCUAUCUCCCUCCGGCGACGGCGCUUUUAUCAUCUGUAACAAGAACAUGUUGAAGUUUUCCCGUGUCAAUUUAUAAAAGGUACAUCAGCAUUCAGUAUUCAAAUGGCUACUUUCACUGCGUUUUCUAUCUGUCCAUACAACUUUUCACAUACAAAUCUUCAACAACGCCGCAUUUCCAACUGCCUUGCUGCUCCUUCAUCGAUAGGUGUACAUGGUUCUAAUGUAACUCGUAGAAGAUCAAGAAAAAUGGAAGGUGCUAGUAAAAGUAUGGAAGAUUCUGUUCAACGUAAGAUGGAACAGUUUUAUGAAGGUAUUGAUGGACCGCCUAUUCGUGUUCUUCCAAUUGGUGGAUUGGGUGAGAUUGGGAUGAACUGUAUGUUAGUUGGAAAUUAUGAUAGAUAUAUCUUGAUAGAUGCCGGUGUCAUGUUUCCAGACUUUGAGGAUCUUGGUGUUCAGAAAAUUGUUCCUGAUACUACUUUUAUUAAGAAAUGGUCUCAUAAAAUUGAGGCUGUUAUUAUUACUCAUGGUCAUGAAGAUCAUAUUGGUGCCUUGCCUUGGGUUAUCCCGGCUCUAGACCCUCGUACACCGAUCUUUGCCUCAUCCUUUACAAUGGAGCUAAUUAAGAAGCGUUUGAAGGAGUACGGAUUUUUUGUUCCAUCUAGGCUUAAAGUAUUUAAAACUAAAAAGAAAUUCACUGCUGGACCAUUUGAGAUAGAGCCUAUCAGGGUCACCCAUUCUAUACCUGAUUGUUCUGGAUUGGUUCUUCGAUGUGCUGAUGGAACUAUUCUUCACACUGGAGACUGGAAGAUUGAUGAAUCACCACCGGACGGGCAAGAAUUUGAUCGGUUAGCUCUAGAGGAACUUUCAAAGGAGGGAGUAACACUGAUGAUGAGUGACUCGACAAACAUAUUAUCGCCUGGAAGGACAUUUAGUGAGAAAGUUGUAGCAGACUCUUUAUUGAAGCAUAUUUCAUCUGCUAAAGGAAGGGUUAUUACCACUCAAUUUGCUUCAAAUAUUCAUCGUCUUGGGAGUGUGAAAGCAGCAGCAGAUUUAGCAGGCAGAAAGAUGGCAUUUGUCGGUAUGUCCUUAAGAACUUAUCUGGAGGCUGCAUGGAAAGACGGGAAGGCACCAAUUGAUCCAUCAACUCUGGUUAAAGUGGAAGAUAUUGAUGCAUAUGCCCCUAAAGAUUUGCUUAUUGUUACCACGGGCUCUCAAGCAGAACCGCGUGCUGCCCUAAAUCUUGCAUCUUUUGGAGGUAGUCAUUCACUCAAAUUGACAAAGGAAGACAUAAUUUUAUACUCUGCAAAGGUAAUUCCUGGCAAUGAAUCUCGGGUGAUGAAAAUGUUUAAUCGCAUAUCAGAGAUUGGAUCAACAAUCGUUAUGGGAAAAAAUGAACAGUUGCAUACAUCGGGUCAUGCACACCGUGACGAAUUGGAGGAGGUACUGAGAAUUGUCAAGCCACAACAUUUCCUUCCUAUUCAUGGCGAGCUUUUGUUCCUAAAAGAGCACGAAUUGCUUGGUAGAAGUACAGGAGUUCGACACACUACAGUUAUAAAAAAUGGAGAGAUGCUCGGUGUUUCACAUUUGAGAAACCGAAGGGUUUUGUCUAACGGCUUUGUUUCACUGGGGAAGGAGAAUUUGCAGCUUAUGUAUAGUGACGGUGACAAGGCGUUUGGAACGUCUGCAGAUCUUCGCCUUGACGAGAGACAAAGAAUUGCUUCAGAUGGUAUUGUUGUGGUCAGCAUGGAGAUUUUACGCCCGCAAGAGUCAGCUGAUUCGACAGAGAGAACUUUAAGAGGAAAAAUAAGAAUAACCACCCGCUGCAUGUGGCUCGAUAAAGGGAAACUUAUGGCCGCACUUCAUAAAGCCGCCCAUGCUGCUCUGUCGGGUUGUCCAGUCGGUUGUCCUUUAGCUCACAUGGAGAAAACAGUUUCAGAAGUACUGAGAAAAAUGGUUAGGAAGUACAGUAGCAAAAGGCCUGAAGUCAUUACAAUUGCCACUGAAAAUCCAGCAGCUGUUUAUGCUGAGGAUCUCAAUGCUAGGCUAAUGGGUAAGUCAGAUGUCGGUUAUGAAAUACCUACGAUGAGAAAAGUGGUGGAUGGGCAAUAUAAACAGAGAUUUCCAUCUAGGGUGGAAAUUGAAGAAAGUAAAGUUGAAGCAAAUUUGAUUGAUAACCGAGGGGAAGAAGACCUGGAAGUUGUUGGUAAUAUAGCUGGUGAAAGACUUGAAUCUGUUGAAGAUGCUUCUACAUCAGGCUCAGAGUUACCGGAAAGUUCAUUAGAUUCAGAGUCGUCAUCAUCGUCAGAUGAUUUCUGGAAGGGGUACGUAAAAUCUUCUCAAGCUGAUGAUUCUGUAGACAAAGACAAAUUCAAAGGAAAUGGUUCGAUCGGGGAUGAGAUACAUUUGGACAAAGUUGUUAAGAUAGAUUCAUCAGAGAAGGUUGAAGAAUCAGUUGAAACAGAAAAUCCUAGUUUAAAAGAUCUCCCAAAUCCCGACAACAACAAGAAGGCAGUAAAAAGGAACAAGUGGAAAGCGGACGAGGUGAAAAAGUUAAUAAGCAUGCGAGGCGAACUCAACAGUAAAUUCCAAGUAGUGAAAGGGAGAAUGGCUCUAUGGGAAGAGAUAUCUUCCAAAUUUCUUGCAGACUAUGAGAUUAUCAGAAGUCCUGGACAAUGCAAAUCUUUGUGGACAUCUCUUGUUCAGAAAUACGAGGAAGUCAAGAAUGAUCAGAAAGGCGAGACAAGCUGGCCUUAUUUCCACGACGUGGACACCAUUUUAUCGGAGUAUGGAGAGACGGUUACAAAAUGAUAAACUUCCCUUGGCUGUAGAAGAGCACAGUUGGUUGGUUGUAUGAAGAAAAAGAAAAAAAAGGUUUCACUUUCAAAUUCUUCAGUUUUUAUUUAGUGUAAGGAUUAGCAAAAUUCAUUAAAUUAGCCCUGCACAUGUAUGACAAUUUUGAUCUGAUUAAUAUUCCAUAUUAUUUAUUUA